UCAAGGCCCGAACCGUAGCCGCAGCCAUCUUGUCCCGCUCUUGGCAGGGUGUGCCGGCUCGGGCCCAUGCGCGCCGGCCGCCUCGACUCGCCCCUGGCGCGGCUGUCAGGCGAGCUGCGGGCCAGCCGCGUGCCCACGAGAUGUUCCGGACGGCGCCGUCGCAGCUGCCGUCUGAGGCCAGACCUCUUGAGCCGCGGCGCGGAGGCUCGGCGAUGCUGCUCGUGUACACCGUCCGCCUCGCAUGGCCGACGUUUCGGCUCUAGCGGAUGCCGCUGCUGCUCAUCGGCUUGCUGGUCCACAAUAUGAUCAUCGGGAUGCCGAGCCCGUGCCAGUGCAGGAACAGGCCGCUGCUGCCGACGACGCUCCUGCCCACGGCGAUGCUGCUAGGGCUGCUGGCGCCGCUCCGACAUGGUGUCCUAUCAUCUCGUUCUCACCAUCUUCGUCGUGGCCGCCUUCGGCGCUUUCUUGGACUGCACCGGCGAGCGUGGUCAUUCUGCUCAAGGAGCUCGGCGCUGGGAUACCGCACGUGGAAGUGCUGGGCGCCCGCAGGGAUCCCGGGCGCCCCGCUUGCGCCUCACCGUGGGCCGACGUCGACAACGUAAAGGUCGAGAGCGUGGAGGCCAGUGCGCAGCCGUCGAGCUUCGUGCCCCGCGCCCGCCUCCGGAGUGCGGCUGCGGCCGCGGUCCGUGCUGCUAGGUUGCGGCGCGCCGAGGGCGACGGUGUCAAAACAGACCGUAUCUGUUACGGUCCUGAGUGCGGCGGCGCUGGCACCUGGACGGCUGACAGCCGCGGCGCGCUGGCCGCCGCGUCUCCGGCAGAGCCUCGGGCACGGGCCCCCGUUGCUGAUGCCGCGCCGCAGCCCGAGGGUGAGCCGCGUGUGCCAGAGGCCGCGGAGGCCGAGCGCCAGGUGGCAGUUGAGGCACAGGCCGCCGCCGUUGUCGUGUCCUUCGAUGCCACGUGCCAGGCGACGGCAUGCUGGGCCCUGUGGCCCAGACGCUGCGCCGCCGUUGCGCGCCAGCAGGCCGAGGCCAAGGGUGAUCGCCAGGCAGCGGCCGAGCUCCAGGCCGCCGAGCGCCAGGCCGCAGAGCGCCAGGCGGAGUCCGAGCGGCUCGCGGAGGCAGCGCCGGACGUGCAGGCUCAGGCGACUCCUGCUGCCGAGACGGCCCUGGUGCUGCCGUCAGCCGUACUUCGACCAGAAGCUCUUGCACCGCCGACGGCGAUUCCGCAGCUGCCGCGUGAGCAGCCCGGGCCGUCGGCGAUGAAGAGGGUGCAGCGAUCGGCGCCUGUCGACAUGGGCCUUCAGGAUGCAGGAGGUCCACUCGUGAUAGCGGGCAGGCUGGCGGCAGCAGGGGUGCAUCUCCCCAUGUGGGGAGCGGGGCCCCGCCCUUCGCAGCUUCUGGCGGCGCGUGGCACAGGAGCGCGCUGCCGCCGCUGGGGCCGCAUCGAUGCCAGGCAAGACCCAGGAAAUGCCAGCCGAGCUGCUCCAGCGCGUGGCCGUCGCGACGCCCCGAGCUGCUCCAAGGCGAUGCCGCCGAGGCGCGCGCCGAGCUGCUCCAGAGCGAGGCGAUUGAAUCGUAGCCGCCACUGGAGUGCAGUGGUAGAAGGUUCGCACACGGAGGGCUGUGCGAGGAGAGAAAGAGGAAGGAGGCCGCGUCGCAGUAUAACGAGCUAGUAUCUCCCUUCCUCGUCUAGCUUGAAGUUCAUCGCCUGUUUUGCCUCCGCCGCCUUCGGUCGUCCGCGUCGCGAGGGUGCGAAGAUCCUUCCUUCUGUCGCUGAGGUACGACUCUUCGCUAUUGUGUAAUUUGCGAUGAUCCAUCCGUGUUCGCAUGAGUCCUGGAGCUCGCAGUUAUUCUUCGUUCGCGCUCUGCAGUCACGAGCCGGUUUGCGGUGCGAAUGCGUGAUAUGCCAGCCCGACGAGUUUUUCAGCAUUGUAGUUCAGCGACGCCGACAAAGGAGGAGCGCUUUUGAGGAGGAGGUUGGUCGGGUGUCGGGAGUAUGAUUCUCCAUCCCUGCCCCUCCUCCCCCCGCGAGCGACAUGUGUGCACAGUCUUAACAUGUUGUCAGUUGCCAAGUUUGGCAGCAGCGAUCCUCCCCAAUUCCUGCCUGGGCGCUCUGGUAACUCCGCGUUGUGUUGCCCUCGUCGGUCGUGACUCGUGAUGAGCGUGGGUGCGAAGAUCGAUCUUCUUUCUUCGCCGCCGUCCGACCCGCCGGCCGCACAUAUCCUGGCAACGUUUUCCGUGUGGUAAUUCCCAUUGUGGUGCCUCCACGCGGCCUCAUUGUAUCGCUGAGCUGCAUACGAAUGUUGUCUGGGUCCCAGCACUGCUCCUUUCGCCUCGGCUUUAUCCCUUGCC